GUGGUCAAUAUGGGUUUGGCUUUUUUUGUUGUUGUUACCCUUUUCCAAGAAAGGUGGUAGGUUGAUGGGGUUGAGUUGACUUCAACAUAAAAUGAGAAAGUCUUUGGUUUGUGUUUCUGAUUUAUGUUUUUGGCUAUGUGGGGGGUUUGGUUUCAUUAUGCAAAAUAGGAUACCAACUUUGUUUCUCUCAAAAGAUUUGUUUUUUCUUCCUUCUUGAUUUGGAAAUUUGUUUUAUCAUGUUUAUGUUUUAAUAGGGUUGUUGAUAUAUUUUUCUGCUUUGAUCGAAUUGGAUUUAUGAUUUGAAUGAUGUUUUCAAAGGUAUGUUUCUAGGUCUAAACAAUCAAUCUCAUCAGCCUGAAAAUUUCCAACUUGUGUUAUCGCUACAUUAUUACCUCCUAAACUGAAGGAAAAAGCUGGUAUGGCCGGAUGUUAAUCGUUAUGCUUUGAUGACUUGGUAGAAACACGAACUAAAAAUGGUAAGCUUAAGGAGGCGAAGACUUUUAGGACUAUGCUCAGGAAGCAGUUCCUUUGUUUCCCCUCUUCCUCUAUAUUGCGAGAAUCUAACUGGUUCUGUAAAUUCGUCGUGGCAUGCUAAACCAAAGAGUGAACAGCCUAUGCUUUCGGAUAACGCAAGCAUCCCGGACUGUAAUACCGUUGUGCAAGAAGAACCGGAUUCAUCGAAUAUUUCUGGUUCAAGCUCAUCCAAAGAUCAGACUAUUCAACAUACCCUUGCAGGUCCUCCUGUCAAACGUAGGAAGCGACAUAGGAGAAAGACUUUGCAUAGUCAGGAUGCAUCCAUGAGAGGCGUCUACUUCAAAAAUAUGAAGUGGCAGGCAGCGAUAAAAGUCGACAAGAAACAGAUCCACCUAGGGACUGUUGGAUCACAAGAAGAAGCUGCUCACUUAUAUGACAGGGCUGCUUUCAUGUGUGGGAGAGAGCCCAAUUUCAACCUUCCUGAGGAAGAGAAGCAGGAGCUACGCAAGUUCAAAUGGGAUGAUUUCUUAGCGAUGACUCGACAAGCAAUCACGCGAAAAAAGCACAAGAGAAGUCUUGAGCUGCAAAAAGAAGAUUGGGAAAGUAAGCAAGGAGUAAGUGGCUUCUCUGCGUAUGAAGAUGCAGAGCAGGAAACAUCAGGCUCUUGAAAAUUAUGAUCUUGGAAUCAAGAGUUGAAGAUGAGUUAUACCAACUAGUUCUAAUCCAAUUCUAUAUGCUAGAUCCAUUUUAUUGUAGAAAAAUGCAGCAUUUAUAAUGUCUAAGACAUUUAAAUAACUAAACCUUAACAUAAUAAAAAGUACAUCUCAAGUUGGACAUGUCAACUUUCAAGCAUUCGAAAUAAAAGAUGCUUCUCUUCAUUCCUACUUGAAAGAGAUAUCUACAAGUUUUUCUUUUGAAUAA